CAGAAACCUUAUCCCCCGCCCGCGAUAAAUCUGUUGUGUCUCUCUCUCUCGACACGAGAACGUCGAGAAGAAGUAGUAGUAAUCCAAAAGCUCUCCGUCCGGAUUCUCUCUUUCAUCACCUCAAAUAACAAUACAUACAUACACCCGGAAGAAAGGAAGUCACAGUAAUCUCAGCCCAACCCACCAGCGAUCUUUUGGUUGCUUGGAAUUUUAUCUAGUCGUUAACAGUUAGUCGUACAUCUUAUCUGCGUUAUUCAUUCAUUCCCUUCCCCCACCGCCUUGGGAUGGUGGCGGUGGCAACUUCCUUUGAGUCGCUGCCGCUAAAUUACAUUUGCAGCAGCACCACAACAUUUAGGAGGCCUCCCGCCAGCCGAAGAUGGGAACCUUUUCUUCCAAAGCAGCUGAUGGACGAAACCACUCCGAGAUUAACAGGAUUAAGAACAAGGCGGCCAUCGUCGUUAUUCUUGUGUCGUCCGGUGAUGGCAUCGUUGGGAGGGCUGCUGGGUGGAAUGUUCCUCAAGGGCACUGACACUGGGGAGUCCACCAGGAAGCUUUACUCUCAAAAUGUUUCGCUCAUCAACUCCUUCGAAUCCAAGAUGUCAACCCUCUCUGAUUCCGAAUUGAGGGAAAAGACUUCCUUUUUCAAGGAACGUGUCCGCCUUGGUGAUUCUUUGGACUCUCUUUUACCUGAGGCAUUUGCUGUCGUGAGAGAGGCUUCAAAAAGGGUCCUAGGCCUUCGACCUUUCGAUGUGCAGCUGAUAGGUGGAAUGGUUCUUCACAAGGGAGAGAUAGCUGAAAUGAGGACUGGAGAAGGGAAAACACUGGUUGCUAUUUUGCCAGCUUAUUUGAAUGCAUUAGCUGGAAAAGGAGUUCAUGUGGUCACUGUCAAUGAUUAUCUGGCACGGAGAGACUGUGAAUGGGUUGGUCAAGUACCCCGGUUUCUUGGAUUGAAGGUUGGCCUAAUCCAACAGAAUAUGACAAGCGAACAAAGGAGGGAAAAUUACUUAUCUGACAUUACAUAUGUCACCAAUAGCGAGCUUGGAUUUGAUUACUUGAGAGACAAUCUUGCCACGAGUGUUGAUGAGCUUGUUUUGAGGGGUUUCAACUACUGCGUAAUUGAUGAGGUUGAUUCCAUCCUUAUUGAUGAGGCAAGAACUCCACUUAUCAUAUCAGGACCUGCUGAAAAACCAAGUGAGCGUUACUACAAAGCUGCUAAGAUAGCUGCUGCGUUUGAACGCGAUAUACAUUACACUGUUGAUGAGAGGCAGAAAACCGUGUUACUUACAGAACAGGGUUAUGCAGAUGCUGAGGAAAUUCUGGAUGUAAAAGAUUUGUACGAUCCCCGGGAACAAUGGGCAUCAUAUGUUCUGAAUGCCAUUAAGGCAAAAGAACUCUUUCUUAAAGAUGUGAACUAUAUUAUCCGUGGCAUGGAGGUCCUCAUUGUGGAUGAGUUCACUGGUCGAGUUAUGCAGGGGAGGCGUUGGAGUGACGGGCUCCACCAGGCAGUUGAAGCAAAAGAAAGCUUACCCAUUCAGAAUGAAACUGUUACCUUGGCGUCUAUAAGUUAUCAAAACUUUUUUCUCCAGUUUCCGAAACUUUGUGGGAUGACUGGCACUGCAGCAACUGAGAGUGCUGAAUUUGAGAGUAUAUACAAGCUGAAAGUGACAAUAGUGCCUACAAACAAAACCAUGAUAAGAAAGGAUGAGUCUGACGUGGUGUUCAGGGCAACUACAGGAAAAUGGCGGGCAGUUUUGGUGGAAAUUUCUAGAAUGCACAAAACAGGUCGCCCGGUGCUUGUUGGCACAACAAGCGUCGAGCAGAGUGAUGCAUUAUCAGAACAGUUGCGUGAAGCUGGGAUCCCUCAUGAGGUUCUCAAUGCCAAACCAGAGAAUGUGGAGAGAGAAGCUGAAAUUGUAGCACAGAGUGGUCGUCUUGCAGCAGUUACAAUAGCAACCAAUAUGGCUGGUCGUGGCACAGAUAUAAUCCUUGGUGGUAAUGCAGAAUUUAUGGCAAGAUUGAAGCUUCGUGAGAUUCUGAUGCCAAGGGUUGUUAAGCCUGCUGAAGGAGUUUUUGUAUCUGUCAAGAAACCUCCUCCCAAGAAGACAUGGAAGGUGAAUGAAAACUUAUUUCCAUGCACACUAUCCAAAGAGAUUACCAAGUUGGCCGAGGAAGCUGUACAAUUAGCUGUAGACACAUGGGGUCAAAAAUCGCUUACUGAGCUUGAAGCAGAGGAGCGGCUAUCCUAUUCUUGUGAAAAGGGUCCUGCUCAGGAUGAAGUAAUAGCUAAUCUGCGCAGUGCCUUUCUAGAAAUUGCUAAAGAAUACAAGUUCUAUACUGAGGAGGAAAGGAAGAAGGUGGUGUCAGCAGGUGGUCUUCAUGUGGUGGGGACAGAACGCCAUGAAUCACGUCGUAUUGAUAAUCAGCUGCGUGGUCGUACUGGCAGACAAGGGGAUCCUGGAAGUUCUCGCUUCUUCCUUAGUCUUGAAGAUAAUAUCUUUAGGAUUUUUGGUGGGGAUAGAAUUCAGGGUUUGAUGAGAGCUUUUAGAAUUGAAGACCUACCAAUCGAGUCCAAGAUUCUGACAAAAGCACUUGAUGAAGCUCAAAGGAAAGUGGAGAAUUACUUUUUUGAUAUUAGGAAGCAACUGUUUGAGUACGAUGAGGUUUUGAACAGCCAAAGAGAUCGUGUGUAUACAGAGAGAAGGCGAGCCCUUGAAUCUGACAAUCUCCAAUCUCUUCUCAUCGAAUAUGCUGAGUUGACAAUGGAUGACAUCUUAGAGGCAAAUAUUGGGCGCGAUGCUCCAAGAGAAAACUGGGAUCUGGAAAAGCUCAUUUUGAAACUACAACAGUAUUGCUAUUUGUUGAAUGAUUUGACCCCAGAUUUGCUGGCAAGCAAAUGUUCAAGUUACGAGGAGCUGCGAGAUUACCUUCACCUUCGUGGUCGUGAAGCAUAUUUGCAGAAAAAGUAUACUGUAGAGAAACAAGCACCGGGAUUGAUGAAGGAAGCAGAGAGGUUCCUUGUUUUGAGUAACAUUGAUCGCUUGUGGAAAGAACACUUGCAAGCUCUCAAGUUUGUUCAGCAAGCUGUGGGUUUACGUGGGUAUGCACAGAGGGAUCCACUCAUUGAGUACAAGCUUGAAGGCUACAAUCUGUUCAUUGAGAUGAUGGCACAAAUCAGAAGAAAUGUCAUAUAUUCAGUUUACCAGUUUCAACCAGUGUUGGUGAAGGAUGAGGAACAACGACAACAGAGAAAGAAAUCAGGCAACUCAGUUGCAAAUGGAAGGGGGGGUAGUGAUGGUAAUGACCCUGAUCCUGUUGGCAUUGUUGACUCGUCCUCUUCAACACCUGUCGCCAGGCCCCAGGCUACUUCAUGAAACCAAACGCGCAAGCUCAUCAAGGAAGAUUUCUCCAGAAACAACUCAGAUGGGAUGAUGGAUUAGAGCUAUAAGGAUUCUCCUGAGUUUCAGCACCCUCAUCAAGGUGCCCCCUGAUUUUUGUGUAUGCACAGGACACAAACAGAACCUCGGAAAAUGUGGUGGUCUCAUUUUUUGAGUCAAUAGAAACUAUACGACGUUCCCCAUUUAGCAAAGGAAAGUGGUGCUCCGAGUCCCAAGUCCUUCCUUGAAAGUGCUUCUGGAUCGAAAAAGAGGCACCGGAUCUACGAGUUGUGCAUAGAAUGUGGAUACAUAGAUUCGAGGCAUGUGAUCCUUGGUUGUAAACCUUUCUAUUUGCCGGUCGAACGAUACUUGUUACCCUUUUCCCAGUGAUCUGGGAAACGCAAGUGGUUAAGAUUCAUGACUAUCUACGCAAGACACAAUCAUGUACAGUACCUUGGUCAUGACUUGCUUUUGUUUCACUGUCACACAUUACGUUUAUUUUUUUUAUUAAACACAUUACGGUACUUUAAAAUUA